UCAAAAAAGAUUUUUUUCCCCAAAAUUUCCUUGAAAAAUUCCCGACCCACUCUCUUCACAUCCCCCGCCAAACAAGCCUCUCACCACCACUCUGUCCCAGCCUCGUCUUCUCUCCCUCCCAUUUUGCCCCAGUCCCUCCGCCUCCUCCGCCGCCUCCAGUCCCUGACCCAACCCUUCUCUUACCUUCAAGUUUCCGGCAACCUAGCCAAAGACCAGAAAAUUAAACAAGCAGGGUCGGUCAAUGAUAAAAUGAGCCGACCAACAACCCGUAGUAAAAAUAAAAGACACAGACAGGUGGAGAAUGAUGAUACAACUACUGAAAUAUUAAGGAAAAUUCACCUGACAGGUGAAAUAACUGAUGAUGAUGUAAAUCAGCUGUACAUGAUCACAAAACCGGUUUGUCAAGGCUGUCGUGUGAAUACUAAGGACAACCCGAAUUGUUUUUGUGGGUUGAUUCCACCUCCUAAUGGCAGUCGGAAAGCUGGCUUAUGGCAGAAAAUGUCGGAUAUUAUUCAAGCUCUUGGUCCAGAUCCAUGUAAAGAUCUCCGUGCUUCUGCUUACUCACCUGCAGGUCUUACGAAUCUGGGUGCAACAUGCUAUGCUAACAGCAUUUUACAGUGCUUGUACAUGAACAAAUCAUUUCGACAAGGUGUUUUCUCUGUUGAACCUGAUGUUUUGAACCGACACCCUGUCUUAGAUCAACUUGCACGACUUUUUGCGCAGUUGCAUGCUAGUAAAAUGGCUUUCAUUGACUCUGCCCCGUUUAUAAAAACACUCGAGUUAGAUAAUGGAGUUCAACAGGAUAGCCAUGAAUUCCUGACCUUACUUUUUUCUUUGCUUGAGCGUUGUCUAAGUGAUUCUCAAGUUUCCAAAGCAAGGACAAUUGUUCAAGAUCUCUUUCGAGGAAGUGUAUCUCAUGUUACAACGUGCUCAAGAUGUGGCAAAGAUUCUGAAGCUUCUUCAAAGAUGGAAGAUUUUUAUGAGCUUGAGUUAAAUGUCAAGGGCCUCAAAACUCUUGAGGAGAGUUUAACUGAUUACCUGAGUGUGGAAGAGUUGCAUGGCGAUAACCAAUAUUUUUGUGAGUCAUGUAACAUAAGAGUUGAUGCCUCUCGCAGUAUCAAGUUGCGGACACUCCCUGAUGUGCUUAAUUUUCAGCUGAAGCGCUAUGAUUUCCUUCAAAAGACUACUUCAAAGAAGAAGAUUACUUCUGUGUUCUCUUUUCCUGGAAAGCUAGAUAUGCGGGGGAGGUUGUCAAAGCCUUCUCAAGUGGAAUUAAUAUAUGACUUGUCGGCAGUUCUUAUACACAAAGGAACUGCUGCAAACAGUGGCCACUAUAUAGCUCAUAUUAAGGAUGAGAAUACAGGGCAGUGGUGGGAGUUUGAUGACGAGCAUGUCUCAAACUUGGGUCAUCAUCCAUUUGGAGAAGGCUCUUCAACUUCCAAUUCUAAAUCUAAUCGAUCAGAUGCAGUUGUUCAUUCGUCUUGCACAGGAGGGGAUGGCACUGCCAACGGAAAUCAUUUGGAUCCCAUUCAGCUGCAACAUGAAGAAUCUAGUGUUGGGAGUCAUAUAGAGAUGUUUUCAUCUACUGAUGCCUACAUGCUAAUGUACAAUCUUAGUUCUAAGAAGAAUGGUGCCAGCACCAUGGAAAUAGAAGGGGAUGCAGUUUUCUUACAUGAUGGAAUUUCACUUCCAUCUCAUCUUUGUGAGGAGAUAACAAACUUGAAUUCAUCAUAUGUUGAUGCUUGUGAACAAUACAAAUUGAAGAAGAAAAGAGAACUAGAUCACAUAACAGAAAGGAGACAGGAAGUGAGAUCAGUGCUAUCUGAAGCUCCUGUUCAUUCAGUUGAAGAACCGUUCUAUUGGAUUUCCACAGACUGGCUUCGCCAAUGGGCUGAUAAUAUUUCUCCACCUGUUUUAGAUAAUACAUCUAUCCAAUGUUCCCAUGGAAAAAUACCACUUUCCAAAGCUGGCUCUGUGAAGCGAUUGUCAGCUGGAGCCUGGACGAAGUUCUCUAAGUACAAUGGGGGCUCAACAUUUGCCAAAGGUGAUCACUGCCUGGACUGCCUUAUCGAUGUGGCACAUACAGUUGUAUGUGCAGACAGCUAUAGGGAUCGAAGAAAAUUGAUGAAAGAGAUUGCAGAAGAUGUACUUUUAGCCAAGUGCGAAGAUGGAGCCUACUAUGUAUCAAAGGCAUGGUUACAGCAGUGGGUGAAAAGAAAAAACCUUGAUGCACCUUGUGAAGCUGAUGCUGGACCAACAAUGUCAAUUAGGUGCCCUCAUGGGCACCUGAUGCCAGAGCAAGCUGCUGGUGCUAAGCGAUUGCUGGUUCCUGAGAAGCUAUGGCUCUUCUUUUAUGAGGAUGCAAUUACAGUAAAACCUGAUGAUUCUUCAGGUUGUUCAACUUUUCCUUCCGACUCUGAAGAGUGUCCUGAGUGCAGCAAUACACUUUCAGAAGUUGCAUGCUUGGAGGAUUCUAGAAGAGAAAUGAAGCUUAAACAGCGUCAAAACCAUGAAAAGUUAGCCACGGGCAAGAGUAUCCCGCUGUCUUCAAAUUGCAAGUACUACUUGCUGCCUUCUUCUUGGCUUUCAAAAUGGAGGAGCUAUGUCACUGCAAGCAGCAAACAUACGUCAUUCAUGGAACCUGAAAUUCUUGAUGGCGUCAUUAAUUUGCUUAAAUGCGAAAAGCAUUCACGCCUUCUGGAGAGGCCACCUAAAGUGGCCUACAAACGUGGAUCCUUUUUCCAGAAGGGUUCUACUACAGAUAGGUUGACCAUUAUCACUGAGAACGAUUGGAAAUGCUUUUGUGAAGAAUGGGGUGGUACUGAGGAGAAUGGCAUAUCUGCUAUAAUUGAGCUUUGUAGCUCUAAUGAUUUGGCUGAAUGCUGUGGGGGCAUGCCAAUGUGUGAGCAGCCGCUUGAUCUUCAAAAUGAAGUAAAUAAUGAGAAUGAGUCAAGGCAACCAGUGAUUAGGACCUGCCCAGAGGUAUGUGAGGAGUGCAUUGGAGAAAGAGAAAGCUGCGAGUUGAUGCAAAAGCUUAACUAUGCUGAUGAAGAUAUUUAUGUUUAUCUUGUACGUGGAAAAGAAGCUCCAAAGUCAAUCUUACAAGCAUCUGAGUCCUCUGAGCCUGAUCGACGAACCUCCAAGCGUUCUCGGAGGACAAACAAUGGAAAUUUAGUAAAUUUAAGAGUUUCUGCAACUACCUCAAUAUAUCAGUUGAAAAUGAUGAUAUGGGAAUCACUUGGGGUUGUUAAGGAAAACCAAAUACUGCACAAAGGAUCGCGAGUAAUUGAUCAGGAAACUGCUACUCUUGCUGACAUGAAUAUAUUUCCUGGAGAUAGGCUUUGGGUGAAAGAUUCUGAAAUCCAUGAAGAUAGAGAUAUCGCUGAUGAGCUUUCUGACCAGAAAAUGAAUGUUGAAAAUAUUGAAGAAGGAUUUCGGGGAACAUUAUUGACGGCAAAUAUUUCAUCUCAAGUUGUUUAGAUGAAGUGUGCUUUAUGUUUUUUGCCUACAAGAUCUAAAUUUUUGUAGAUAUUGAUGGUGGAAGAAGGAAUCGUGGAAUGUUUUGAUUUGCAUGUUAGUAGAUAGUAGGAAAUGUUGCUGCUCGGAGGAAUUAUAUUACGUGAUGUGAUGUCUCAUCCCCAGCCCAGUUUUGUGCCUUGUAAUCCAGAAAACCUUAGGACCUAGACAACCAUGGCAGUGUGGUGACCGCGGAAACAGUGAUAGAAGAAAGCAAGAAAGUUGGAACUUUUAUUAUUAUAUAAACUAAGUAGAGAUGGAUAUAUAUGAAUUGUGAGUUUGAUUGGAGCAAUAUUUCCUUUGCGUGAACUGGAUUGGGCUGGAGUGAGAUGUAAGGUUAUGGAUGGUUUUAAGUGGUGAUGGUGGUAAGACUUAUUUUGCUUGUACAAAUAUGAGUUCACUGUAAUAUGCUAUGAAUUGAAGGUAUCGACAUUCAUAUGAUGGAUGGAUGCUAAUUGCUUAUUAGUAAAUCAGUGUGAUGGAUGGAUGCCUAUUCUAUGGUA